AUGCCGGUUGCUCCAUCAACAGCAGGGAAAGUGCCAUCGCCGGCGGGAGCUUUACGAUCGAAUCGAUCACAAGCAACUCGGACAUCACAAUCAUUACGUGUUACCAAUGUUAGUCAACAAACUAGUCCAUUAGGACAUGCUCAAAAAUCAGCUAAGGAAAUGAAUAAUAAUCUUCUUAUACCUCCACGACCACCGGAUCCCACAUUAUUUAUUCAAGCUGGUACAUCUGGUAUUCGACAUCUUUUUCCAAUACAUUUAACGGAUAAUGAUUGUAAUGGUGGUGUAUUUUCUCGUUCCAUAUCUCGUUUACGUUCUCGUACGCCAACAACAGAAUUAUGUAACAAUAUUGAAAUGAUUCGUAAUGUUUGUUUAUCAAUAAAAACAUUACAACAUUUUGAUGUAAGUGAAAAUCAAUUGAAUGAUUUACCAAUAGAUAUUAGUUUACUUACGGAACUUGAAACAUUAAAUUGUUCACAUAAUCAAUUAACUGAUAUGGCUGAUAUAUUUGAACAAUUAAAACGUCUUAAAGAACUUGAUUUAUCGUUUAAUCUUUUUAAAUAUUUACCUAAUGCUAUUUAUACAUAUAAAUAUUUAAUAAGAUUAAAUUGUGAACAUAAUUUAAUAACAACAAUUGAUGAUGGUUUAGUAAAUUUAAAACGUUUAAAAUUUUUUGUUUUUGAUCAUAAUCAAUUAGAAUCUAUUGAUCAAGUUGAUUUUGGACAAAUGAAAAAACUUGAAUAUGUUCAUAUAGCACAUAAUCAAUUAAUUAAAUUUCCACGUGGUCUUCAUCAAUUACAUCAUUUAAAGAAUGUUAAUUUAUCAUACAAUCGUUUAACAUCAUUUCCAAUUGAUCUUUUACUUGUUAAUACACUUGAUGUACUUAAUCUUAGUCAUAAUUUAAUAGCAAAAUUACCAUCUAUGCCAGUUGCUUAUACACGUGCAUCAAUGAUUUUUUCAAUUGAUUUAUCAUUUAAUGAAUUAACAAAAUUUUAUGAUUAUUUAUUACUUAUUGCACUUAAAAUUGAUGUAUCAAAUAAUAAAAUACGUAUGAUUUCAAAUGAUAUAGUUAAAAAAUUAAAUAAUGAUUUAAUUACAAGUCGAGAACUUAAAAUAAAUAAUAAUCCUCUAACACAACCAGCUGUUCCAUCAGAAAUGCUUAAUGAAAAUAGUUUAAAUACAACGAAUGUACUUCGAAUGAUAAGAAACUGUUUUGAUGAACAACAAAUUGAUGCUAAUGUUCGACAAGGUUUUAAAAUAUGUAUAAUUGGUCCAAAGAAGAGUGGAAAAACAUCAUUAGCAAAUUGUCUAGAAGAACUUAUGCCUAUAACCAUCGAUGAAAACAAUGAAGAAACACAAGAAAGAAUUAUUCAUGGUUAG